AUGCCGACGCCACCGUCGGUGGAAACUGUGGAUGGUGGCGAGCAAGCUGCCGCAAGCCAGCAAGGGAUAGCUUCGCCUGUGCUGCCGAGACGAGCGGAGCGAUCUUUGUCCCCCCGAGGCGAUGCUGUCCAGGCCAAGAAGUUCGUGGACUACCGGAUGGAGUCGGCACCCACGUGGGACGGUGAGAUGCCGGAAACCAAGUACCGGGAAUACUCCCGGAACCUUCGGCUUUGGCUGGUGGAAGCGGUCGAGCGCCUCCCCGGCAAUCUCAUCGGCAAGCGCAUCAUAGACGGCAUCCCUUUUGGAAGCCGCCUGGCUGCUCUUCUUGCUCAUCUUAGUGUCGAAGACAUCACGGCUGAGAAGGGCUAUGAGAAGAUCGUUGGAAUCAUUGAGGAUGCUCAUGAUUAUCUACGAGACGCUAAGCUGGAGCAGGCCUUUGACCAGGCGAUCUUCAAGGGGCGACGUCGGGGCGACCAGACACUCAGUGGCUUCGUCGCGACCAAGAAGGCUGCGUUCGGUGAGUUGAAGCGGCAAGGAUUGGAUCUUUUGAGCAGUCCGGCCGGCAGCCAUCUCUUAGGACAUCUCCUGCUGAGGCAGGGGAACUUCAGCGAGGACCAGAGGCAGCGCAUCAAGGUCCUCACCGAUGGCUCGAUCGACUUCCCGAAGGUCGAGAAGGCCAUCCGUAAGCUGUUUGGGGAGACCGUGGACGAGGCCCAGGCGAUGGCUGCUAAUCGUCAUCGUGCGUUCUGGCAAGAGGAUGGCGAGGAACUUCCUGAUGAUGACGACCCGGCCGCCCUGAGCUACUGGGACAGUGUGUACUAUGGGGAUGCUGUGUCGGAUGAGCCCGAUCCCUUCGAAGAUCUGCUUGAAGUUGACGACGCCGACGGCUCAGUGUACCUCUGCCUCGACGACCCCUUGCCAGCGAUGAUGGACGAGGACGAGGCCGUGUCCUAUGCGGGGGAGCUCUUGUCCUUCGUGUACGGGGUUGCGGCUGAGCGCUGGCAUAAGGGCAAAGGCAAAGGCAAGAGCAAAGGAAAAGGGAAAGGAAAGUUCAAAGGAAAGGACUUCAAGGGCUCAAGUGGCAAAGGCUUUGGAGUGUACGGCACCUACGCUGACCACAGGAAAGCUCUUCAAGAUGCUCGGACAAGCCGCGGUUUUGGCAACGGCAAGGGUGCUGGCUCUAAUGGGUCCAGGCCAAGAACUUCGCUGCAGGAGAUACAAAACCGCAGCCGAUGCCACAAUUGCCGGCAGCUGGGGCACUGGUCCAAGGACUGUCCUCAGAAAAGGAGGGUGCCGUCACCGUCGAGCCCAAGGCCACCAAUGAACCAGAACUCGGCGCAAGGCCGCCCUGGUGGGCCUUCGACAAACCUUUUCUUCAUGGGAGCCCCGAGCCGUCAGGUGGAUGAUGCUGGGCAGGAGUUUUUCAGUGCGGCCUGCCCUGGCGCAAGCAGUGUGUUCACAGGAUUUUCGUCAGCGGAGGAUCUGGAUCAGGAUCCACCAGAAAUGGCAAAGGCCAUCAACCAAGACCAGUCUGCGCCCACCGAGGAAUACAUGCUCUCGUUCCUGUCUUACACCUAUGCUAGCUGUGACUCCGAUGCUGUUGGUACUGCUCUAGUGGACACUGCAGCACAACAUGGGUUGAUUGGUCGAGAAACGUUGACUAGGCAUGACCUUUACCUUCAACAUCAUUAUCAACUUCGGGUGCAGUACUCAGAUGAGAAGGGUGGUACCGUUCGGGGAGUGUGUGGCUCUGAGGAGAUUACUCAAGUGGCGUAUAUCCCGAUUGGCAUUGGGGGUCGCGGUGGCAUACUUCGGGUGCAGGUUGUUCCUGGUUGGGUCCCGUGCCUGGUUCCUGCAUACUUCCUUGACCAGUUGGGUGCAGUGAUCGACAUGUCCAGCUUGCUGAUUGCGUAUGUGCGCCUUUCUGUCGUGCAGAACAUGAGCAGACUUCCAUCAGGGCAUGUUGCAGUCAGUCUGUGCGAGUUUGGACAAGGAUGGUCAGUUCCUGCGCAAUAUGACUUUCUCAAGAGUGAGAUUUGGAAGGUGAAAGGACCGUUCCUGAAGCCCUCCCCCGAGCUCUUUGUUUCCCUCGUUGAUGGAACGCGGCAAGAAGUCGAGAUGCCUCCUUCGGUGGCGACGCUGUGUGCUGCGCUUGUUCUAUGUGCUGUGCACACAAUACGACGUUUGGCGCUGCAGCGGGAGUCCUUGCAACGGAAAGCUUUGGACAUCCAACGUCGCGAGCAAGCUUUGCUGGCGGAGGCCGGGGACCAAGUGAAUUAUCGACCACCUCGGAGAUCCUUUCUUCCGGAAGAUCAUGGGGAUCAGAAGAGGCCGCUGGUCGAACACCGUGGGCGGAGCAAGUUCUUGACUCCUGUGCUCCGGAGCAGCCCUACGUGCACUCAUCCGGAGACCAAGCACGGCUGCAACAGCGAAUGGGCAUGGACGAAGUGUUUGCGCUGCGAGGCAGUGGAACAGGUGCCAAAGAUGGACCUUGGCAAGCUCAGCGAGUGGAACUCCAUCCUGGUGUACCAGCCGCCGACUUACACCACUCCGACCGAGAAGCGACAGACCAAGGUUGCACAAAAGGAAGCGAAGCAGAUGAAGGAGCUGCCUCUGUCGGAUCUCGAGCAGGACAACAACGAUCUUUGGAUCCAGGAAGGCCGGAUGCUGGAGAUGCCGGGACCGGUGCAGAUGUGCAACACAUGCCAUGGCAUGGUGCACCUGAUGAGGCUGCCCAACAACAAGUUUGUGUGGGGAUGUCUGGGUGGCGACCCCAGUUGCCAGUACCGCUGGCAGCAGGACGCUGGGAACCUGCCACUGGCAUCGAAUGUGAAGCUUUGCUUGGCAUGUCAGAAGACGGCGCUGGAGGAGGUGAUGGAGCGAGGUCGCCAGGCUUUCCGGUGCCCGCUGUGCAACGACCUGACCCUGGAGAUCGAGUGGGCUCAGGUGAUGAAGGAGUUCGAGCAGCGGGGCGGCUACAAUGUGAAUCUGGCGACCACGGAGGAGAUCAAGAGCUCAGGAGCCGAGCAGGUGCUGGAUUUGGUUGCGGUGCAUCGUGCUGUGGUGCAUAGCUUCUAUGGUCAGGUGAUUCCGGGUCAAGCUCCGGUUCGGAGCCGUCCAUCUGUGGGCAAACGAGUGAUUCUCACUUCCCCGGAACCAGGACUGUGGAACGUGGUGAAUGUGGAUCCCGGCGGUGUCUACGACUACGACCUCGGGAUGCCAAUGAAUGCCUACGUGAUCCAGGAGUUCUCAGAGGACUUUCUGAAUUAUCUCUUCGACCUGGACCUCGAGGCUGUCGAGGUGACUCUGGACAAGGGGACCAAGAAGAAAUUGAUGGAAGCCAUUGACCGCACGGCACCGGAUCAACAAGGAUACUUUGAACUGUGGGAAGAUGAAGUGAGUGAAGAUCCGGUCGAUGACGAUCCUGUUGAUUCUGUUCAAGUUUUUGGUGCCCGAACCCGUGACGUGCAUCCUGGUAGUCCUGCCGGUGCACUCCUCCGCAGACCGGUGCCACCAUCAUCCGCUGCUGAUAUCGAACUCGGUACCUCUCCGAUGGAGAUGCAGUGGAGUCAGAGACGGUUUCUACCGGUCGAUGUGGAAUGUGAGAUCCUCGUCCGAGACAUGAGGGACUUUCGAAGCGAUGUUGAACAUAUGUGGCGCGACUACUACGGCCAGGCCAUGUAUUUGUCUCUUCGGCCUGCACGUGCUCUACUACCUCAGAUUGGCCCAGGACAUCGGAAUGUUCGAUGGACAGUGGUGAAGACAGGGCCCAAGGAGUGGCGAUGGAUUGAAAAAGGGGCUACUGGACCCUGGCACCCCGAGGCCCGGAAGCAUGAAGUGACCAUUGUGCUGUACUAUUGGCCCGAGGUUCCUCAAAGUCAAGUUCUGGCCAGCGGGUAUGACAUCACCGAUCGCGAGAAAUCGGAGGUGCUGAGAUGUCACGUGAACCUUGGCCAUCCCAACAAGCGGGAAUUUGCCCGCCUUCUCAAGGCCUCUGGCACUCGACAUGACAUUGUGCAGUACAUUCUCAGGGAGUUCGAGUGUCCUGGGUGCAUCGCCGAGAAGCGUCCGCCUACACGGCUUCCUUCGGCAACCCCGCGUUGUUUUGAUUUUAACAUCGUCCUCGGGGUCGAUAUCCUGUUCAUCCAUGGAGCCAACGACAAGGCCGAACAUCCUGUCUUAAAUGUGACGUGUUUGGGAACUCUGUACAGUGUGUUCGGAGCAGUGGACCAUCGACGGCGAUCAGCUGACCUGGUCUGGAAGGCCUUCGUGACGCUGUGGCUUCGUGUCUUUGGGGCCCCAGCCUUUCUGAUCUACGACGAGGGCAAUGAAUUCGUGGGCAAAGCCUUCCAAGACGGUCUCGAACAACACGGGAUCAGACCGGUGGAAAUAAACCGGCAAGCUCCGUUCGAGCUUGGUACUGUGGAACGCCGGGGAGCUCUCUUCAAAGAUGCGUACUACCGCACACGUGAGCUACGACAACCGCUGGACUUUGCGGAGACCGAGAUGAUCAUCUACGAAGUGAGCUGGGCUAUUCAGACGCUGACCAAUCGGUCUGGUUACAGCCCUGCUCAACGAGUCUUUGGCCGUCAACCACAGGUGGCGCUGGACUCACUGGCAGAUGGUGGCGAGUUCAACAUCAGUCCCACGGCUGAUGCCGCGUGGCAACGAGCCCACGAGUUGCGAACUGCAGCUCGCAAGGCCUUAAUUGAGGUCGAUGCCC